UUUCAAUUUAUUUCAAUAAACCAUACUUAUUUGACCUCUAAUUUUUAUAUUUCACUUUAAUAUUUUCAUAACUCGUUAUUAGUUUUGAAUACAAAUUUUUCGAUGUAAUUUUUUUUAAAUUCUGAGAUAAUUUUUUUUUUAAAAAAGUAGUCGUUAAAAUAUUACCGUUAAAACUUCGGGACCACUCCAAAUAUGACCGUUUUUUUGUAUCCGUUACUUUACGACCGUUUUUUUGUCAUUUUUUGCACCAAAUGUCUUUAUAAAUGACAGUUCUUCAUUUUCAUCAACUCAACUAAAACUUCUUCCCAUUUCUAAAACAAACACAUUCAUCAUGAGUAUCUCAGAUAGCUCAUCGUCUGGAGAAGAAGAAAACGAAGAGUACGAAAGGUUUCACCACCUACGUUUGAGUUUGAUCGGUCGGAGGCUGGCUGAAGGUGCAUCAAGUCGCCGUCAAACUACAAGCCGACGUCACAUUGAUCGUGAGAGGGUCGAAUGUAAUCGACGUCUUAUGAGGGAUUACUUCGAUCCAAAUCCAGUAUACAAUGCUCGCAUAUUCAGAAGGCGCUAUCGGAUGCAGCCAAGAUUAUUCCAUCGCAUUAUGGGCGACAUUGUGAGGUUUGACCCCUCAUUUGCUCUAAGGCGUGAUAGCUUUGGUCAAUUGUCACUAUCUCCAGAGCAGAAGCUUACUGGUGCGAUGCGCAUGCUAGCAUAUGGUUCUCCAGCUGAUCAACUUGAUGAGUAUGUUCGUAUGGGUGAGAGCACCUUGAUGGAGGUCUUCAGAAAGUUUUGCAACAACAUUAUCAACAUGUACGGGGCCACAUACCUUCGCGCACCUACUCCUGCUGAUUUAAGGAUCUUACUCCGUAAAGCCUCAAGUCGUGGCUUUCCUGGAAUGAUUGGAUCAAUUGACUGCAUGCAUUGGGAAUGGAGGAAUUGUCCAAGUGGUUGGGCAGGACAAUACACCGGCCACAUGCAUAGGCCAACAAUCAUUCUGGAGGCGGUGGCCUCCUAUAACACAUGGAUAUGGCAUGCUUUCUUUGGGACACCUGGAUCGAACAACGAUAUAAAUGUUCUGGGGAUGUCACCAGUGUUUGAUCGUAUCGUCAAUGGAAGCGCUCCACAUGUACGAUUUGAGGUAAAUGGUCAUGCUUAUGAUCAAUGUUAUUAUUUGGCUGACGGUAUUUAUCCCUCAUGGUCGACUUUAGUGAAGACCUUCAGCAAUCCAAGGUCAAACAAAGAGGCUUUGUUUGCUCAACAUCAAGAAGCACACCGCAAAGAUGUGGAACGGGCAUUUGGAAUCCUCCAAACAAGAUGGGCAAUUGUUCGUGGCCCUGCAAGAGCUUGGGAUGUUGUCACACUUAACAAUAUAAUGCUGACGUGCAUUAUAUUACACAACAUGAUAAUCGAGGAUGAGCAGGUUGAUUCUGAUGACGAGAUGGAUGAUGACCUUGAUUAUGAGGUCCAUGCACAACCUGAACCAAUCAACCGACACCAAUCAACUCUAAUUGAUUACUUGGCUAGAAAUAACAGGCUUCGCUCAUCUACAACACAUCAUGCGCUUAGAAAUGACUUGGUUGAGCAUCUUUGGAAUUUGCACGGCAAUAUCUAGCAUUGUUUUACUUCAUGUUGCUUGGUUGUUUGUAUUUCAAGUUUCAGUGUGUGAUUUUAUUUCAUGUUGCUUGGUUGUUUGUAUUUCAAACUUUCAAUAACACUUGUUUUUAUUACACAUGGAAUUGCUCAAAGUUCAAAGAGUACACAUGACACAUGAAAAUAACAAAGUUGAAAGAGAACACACAACACAUUAAAGAUGUAAAGGCAAU